CUCUGCUUCAAUCCAUUCUGCCUGCUCCAACUCUUCCAGCCGGUGUCUGAUUCAACAGCAAUGCUACCAGGGACUCCAUCUGAUGUUAGUAGCGGAAAGAAGCGAUCCUCUGCGAGUAGAAGGUCGUUCAGCCAAACCACUCUCUUCUCCUCGCGGCCUUCCUCCUCAAGAUCGACGAAGCAGCAGCAGUUUCUAUCUUCCCCACCUCUCCAAGACAUCACCCAGAGUCCGUCUCUGAACUCAGCCUUCUACUCUACUUUUCCGUCAUGCUCCACAUCACAAGCAGCUUCAAACAGACCUUCCAGCAUCGGUCUUUCUACACCAGAUUCCUCUCCCUGCCCGAAACGCAUAAAAAGCUCAUCCUACCACGAUCCGACCCCCGCGCGCCAUGCAUCCCCGCGACAAUCUCUCAUCAGCAGCCUUCGCCAGGAAGAACCGCUCCGUCUGCCACGACGGCUGUUUAUGCGCGAACUAGCUUGCGACAGGCGUUCGUCCGCCGCUGCGUUUUACUCAAGAGCGGAUUUCAACCGCUUCGAGUUGCGGAAUUUCAUGUCGACUGCCGAAGACGUGUACAGUAUCGGCAAUACGCGUAUGCGUGUAUUGGCUAAUGAUUUGCAGAGUAUUCCGUUUUCUGUCACUAGUUGCGCGAGGCACCCUAUCAGCGUGGUUGGCGAUGAGGGCGGCCUUGUACAUAUGCUUGAUACCGAAAACCGCACCAUCAAAUCACCACUGGUCACACUAGCAUGUCACGAAAGCGCAAUCUUUGACCUCGCGUUCUCCCCUGACGACGUGCUCCUCGGCACCGCCUCCGGCGACCAAACCGCGCGGAUCUUCGACGUCCAAAAGCAAAUCUGCACAGACAUUCUUUACCCAGACGGCACCCACUCCCUCAAGCAGAUCCGCUUUUGUCCGACCAACAACGACGUGCUGAUAGCCUCCACCCGCGGCGGCACGAUCGCGCUCUUUGACCGACGCACGGCGACCACGAUCGGCCGCUCGCACGACGGCAUAUCGCGCAGGAUACCGUGCGGUCUUCUCGCGCGGGCGCAGAAUCCAGAGAAAGGAAGGCGGGCGAAAAACAGUCAUGCGCGAAGUGUGACUUCGGUUGAGUUUCUCGACGACUACAGUAUCGUCAGCGCGGGCGAGGAGUCCAGCGCGCUGCGCGUGUGGGAUAUCAGAAAACUCGAUCUGACAAAACGGUAUCUGCAACCGGUUAUGGAGUCCCCUAAUACGACAAACAGUCGUUAUGGCGUCACCUCGCUCGGUAUCGACCGCGCGAAUGCCCGCAUAUGGGCGCUGGGGAGGGAUAAUUGCCUGUACGCCUACCCGCUCCUGGACGGGCCGCGAAUUACCCAACCGCUGGAAAUUCUCCGCCACGAAAAGCUCAAAGUGGAUUCGUUCUACGUCAAGCUGAGCGUACUUUCUGAUCCCGCGGCCAUUGCGGCCGGGAACCUGAGCAGCGGGUACGUAGCCUGUGGAAGCUCGACUAAUUCUGUCGUCGUGUUUCCUUCGUCUUCGCGCGGCGUCGGCGGCGGCAUCGCGAAUAUGAGGCAGGAUGGGGAGAGUACUCGGAAAGCUGGAACGGCGCUCGUACAUGGCCAUACGGCGGAGAUUACAGGCUUGUCAUGGAACAGCAACGGUGCGCUUAUGAGUAUCAGCGAUGACAGAACCAGUCGCCGGUGGACUUUCAAUCGUGAUGGUGCAGCAGUGGAUGAGAUCCGGCAGCGGUGGAAGCCGUAUGAAGACGAGCAGUUUGUCUGGAAUAGAGAGGGAUAUGCAGAGGCAUAACUUUUCACAAUUAAUAAGCGGUGUAUAUAUACAAAUCUAUUAAAUCAUAUCUACAUAAUCUACAACCCAUAAACCCGUCUCGCGUUCUCAGUCGUGAUCCUC